UGCACUUUAGUCGCCAGACAUUUAUCGAAACGUGCACAUCACCAGCGGUCGCACACUCAAACAUAUUGCAUAUAUAUAUAUAUAUAUAUAUAUUGCUAUCCCAACAAAAUAUCCUUCGAAUCGAAAAAAACCCACGCGAGUGCAAAUCAAAAGUUUUUUAGCUUUCUUUAUUUUUCCAGUGCGAAAAGUAAAGCAAUUGCAUCCAUUCAACAGAGAGAUUAUCCUUUCGCCAAACAAAUAGAAACAGAAAUGGCCGCCUACGCUGCUUUCAAACACGUUGAGCUUUACAAUGUUGGCAAAGCAAAGAAGAGGGUGCUGAGGCCCCCGGGCGGCGGAUCGAGCGACAUCUUUGGAUCGGAGAUGCCGCAGACCCCCAGGAACGUGAAGAAUCGCAUGGCGUCCAACAUAUUCGCUGCCGAGAAAGAUAAUGGAGUGAAAAACAACGUACGACAAGGAGCUCACAGAUUCUAUUUCAUUGGUGAUGCACCACGUCGCGGCCAGAAGACCGUCGACUCCCACUCUCGGCUGUUUGGGGAGCCCACCCGCCCGAUCACCCCCGGCAAGAACCACAUGAAGAGCAGCAUUCCCUUUGGUCAGAACACAGAGGCCGUUGCCGCCCAGAAGCUGCUGACCACCAAUGGCCACUACAACGGCAAGAGCGGAUCGGUGUCCUCGGCCUCGUCUUCGGUGUCGUCCUCCACCGAGAACCUCAAGAUGAACAGUGGCUCGAGAUCAGAGGGCAACCCCGUCACAGGCGAGGGCUACAAGGUCGUAGCCAACGAGUAUUCCCAGCGCCAGGAGUCGUCCAAUGGCGGCACUCCGGUGAUCAACAAGAACCGCAUUCCCCCAGGCGGCUACUCGUCGGGCCUGUGGUAAUGACAGCCGGAAUUGCUCAGAUCCCAGCACAAGCAAUUGAGGAGCCGAUGGCGGGACGAGACACUAUAAGAAAAAAAAAAAACCAACAAAACAAGCAAAAAAAAUCAUACUACCCAUCUAAUAUACGCAUAAAACCCUACACUCCCGUAUCCAGGUCAGAAAAUCGAAAGGCACGAAAGUAGGACAUGAUGGCCAACGAAUAAUUAAGCGAGAGAAUAGCAAUUGCUCAACGAUCUGCAGAUGCAAUAGUACGAUACGCUUCCCAGAUGAGAAUUAAUCAACCAAUUUUAGAAGGCGGCGUUGCACCCAAACCUAUCACUACCAACACCACCACCACCCCAUUGCAAAUCUGUAAUUUAAAUUCCUUAGUUGGUGUAAAUCCAUGUAACGCGUGUAGCCCCACAAAACGACGCCCGAUCGCCUGCCCUCUGCAACUGCAGAUAUAUUAUAUAUAUGAUAUUCAUCAACCCGGUGUGUGCUUACGUGUGAAGCAAGCGAGAAGCAAGGAUGCGAGCGGUGGCGGCCUGUUGGAGUCCUUUGAUCACACAUGGAUUUUAUUUUAGUUGCUACUACACGCCACAUAUAUUUAUAUUUAUACCAACUGCAUUCACACGAACACUCACGAAAACACAUACAUACAUACAUUAUAAACAUUGUAUUACAUUACAUUAAAUAUGUAAUUUAAACGGUACGACAGCACUUUCUAAUGUGCACGUGCUAAUUAAGUGUAAAAAUACAAAAUUCAAGCGCGAAUAUUUGUUCAAUAAAAACCUUUCGUACAU